CAUAACACUCGAUCGAUUCUACUCACAAAACACAAAAGCAAAAAACAAAAAUGGCCAGAACCAAGCAAACUGCCCGCAAAUCCACCGGUGGAAAGGCUCCCAGAAAGCAGCUCGCUACUAAAGCUGCUCGAAAAUCAGCUCCGGCGACCGGAGGUGUGAAGAAGCCACACAGAUUCAGGCCAGGAACUGUUGCCCUAAGAGAGAUCCGUAAGUACCAGAAGAGUACAGAGUUGUUGAUCCGCAAACUUCCAUUUCAGAGACUCGUGAGAGAAAUCGCUCAAGAUUUCAAGACAGAUUUGAGGUUCCAGAGCAGUGCUGUUGCUGCGCUUCAAGAGGCGUCGGAGGCUUACUUGGUGGGUUUGUUUGAAGAUACUAAUUUGUGUGCGAUUCAUGCUAAGAGGGUUACAAUUAUGCCUAAGGAUAUGCAAUUGGCCAGAAGGAUUCGAGGUGAGAGGGCUUAGAUCUGUGAAAAUGGUUUUUGUUUGACAACAGUUUGUUGUUAGGGUUAGCGAUUUAGGCUUCUUGGUGAUCUGUAUUGUAUGUUACCGACGAUCUAUGUUUUAAUAUAAAUCAUGCCUUUCUUGUUUGAGAUUCUUUA